UUUAUAAAUUCCUGACAGCAUUCAAUCCGUUGAUCUCUCUCUUCCUGCCUCUUCACUCUCUCUUCCCGUUCUAUCCGUCUUCCCUAGUUCUCUCUCACACUUGCCUUAUUAUCUUUGGGCUUGGCGUUCGCUAUCCUUCACGACAGCUGAGGGUUUAGCUUCGACGAGAAAAAAGUUAACACACCAGUCAUCAGGGACCGAGCUCCCAAGAAUUUGAUUCGCGGCUCUUGUGAAAACAAUUUCCACUUUGGAAUCAGAAUCGCAUAAACAGUGCCUUGCUUGAACUUCCGGAAACCCCAGAGAAGAAGGACAAAGCAACAUUAAGCUCAAUUUCCUUCCAAAUUAGGGUUUCCAUUCUGAUCCCCUGUUUGCAAUCACUUUUUCAUGGAGAAAAUCAGAAGAGCUUCGCAUGCAGGAUCAUGGUACACCGACAAUCCUAAGAAGCUAAGAGAAGAGCUUGAUGGGUGGCUCCGAGCUUGCGGCCUUGAAAAGUCUCCAGAUGUGAGAGGCGUCAUUGCACCGCAUGCUGGUUAUUCCUAUUCUGGGAGGGCAGCAGCAUAUGCAUUUGGAAACAUUGACCCGACAAAUAUAUCCAGGAUAUUUCUUCUUGGGCCUUCUCAUCAUUAUUACACACCUAAAUGUGCUCUUUCAACAGCCACAGUGUACAAGACUCCUGUAGGGGACCUGCCUAUUGAUUUGGAAGUUAUUGAGGAGUUAAAGGCAACCGGGAAAUUUGAAUUAAUGGAUCUUCUAGUAGAUGAGGCUGAGCACAGCAUGGAAAUGCAUUUGCCUUAUCUUGCUAAAAUUUUUGAGGGGCAUCUCGUAAAAGUUGUGCCCAUCUUAGUUGGUGCUGUUAACCCCGAUAACGAGGCCAUGUAUGGUCGGUUGCUGGCCAAAUAUGUUGAUGACCCGCAUAAUUUCUUCUCUGUUUCCUCUGACUUUUGCCACUGGGGAUCUCGGUUUAAUUACCAGCACUACGACGAGAAACAUGGAGCCAUACACAAAUCCAUUGAGGCAUUGGACAAGAUGGGCAUGGAUAUUAUAGAAACUGGGGAUCCUGAUGCUUUCAAGCAGUACUUGAUGGAGUAUGAUAAUACGAUUUGUGGAAGGCAUCCAAUCAGUGUAUUUCUUCAUAUGUCGAGGAACUGUUCGACCAAGAUAAAGAUAAAGUUCCUUCGAUACGAGCAGUCGAGUCAGUGCAAGAGCAUGAGAGACAGCAGUGUAAGCUAUGCAUCUGCGGCAGCAAAGUUGGAUACAUGAAGCUGCUGGUUUGUUUUGCUUUCUGUCUAUUAUCUUUCAAGUCAUGAUUGAUACGGGGAAAUAGAAAGCAAUUCAAAACGGUAUUGUUUCAUAUGGAUCUACGUUUCUAGAAUGUUGGCAUGCUUCCAUACCUAGCGUGAUGUAUGUUUGGGUAGAAGUGUAUGAACAGAUCACUGGCCAUAGGUGUUGAUUGAGUUGACUGCGUCUAAUGUCCCUCGCUGUCAUUGGAGACACGGAAUUUGCUUUGGAAGUAAAGAAAAGAAAAAUCUACUUGGUAUGUAGUUGAUUAAAAUCCGUUGUACUCUAGAAGUUUGAUAUGUGCAGUUCAUUGGGUUAGUAAUAUUCAUUAGAAAUAUCCACGCCCAAGAGGGUAAUACAGUUGCACAUCCUUAGCAGUUCUACAAGGUUUGUGUGGAUUGAUAACAAAUUAUGCAUUCAUGUACUUAACAAA